UGCUUCUUGAAGUGAAACAUUCCAUUUCCCCAUAUAUUUUUCAAAAUAAAAGUUCUUGUGACGUUUACUUGGGAAAUACGCAUGCGCUCUUGACUUUCUUCACACACGUGCAGCAUGGAGUCCCCACGAGAUGGAUUGGAGCUCGAUCGGUCUCAGGUAAAUAAAGCUGCACAGGCAUUACGGGCAUAUCUAAAGAUGAACUCGUCCCAAAAGCUCUUUGAAAAUGAUGGCCAGGCCAUCUCUCUACUGUUAACUCAAUGGAAAAUCCCUAGAAAGGAGCAAACCAUUCGCAUUCCUUUACCCAAUGGGCUGAGGACCGAAUCAGGAGACGUGUGUCUUUUCACCAGAGAUGAACCCAACAUGACCUCAGAACAGACCGUGAGAUUCUACAAAAAGUUACUUGCGUCGAAAGGGGUCAAAAAUACCAUAGAGGUGAUUCCCUUCAAGGUGUUAAAAACUGAGUAUAAGCCCUUUGAAGCCAAAAGGAGACUCCUGGGCAACUUUGAUUUGUUUCUGUCAGACGCACGCAUCCGCCGCCGUUUACCCGCGCACAUCGGAAAGCAUUUCUAUGAAAGGAAGAAGGCUCCUCUGUCGGUGGAUCUAGAGUGUAAUCAACUAGCCAGAGACAUGGAGCGCCUCAUUCAGGGCACAAGCCUAUCUGUUUCAAAUAAAGGCUCUUGUUGCAUGGUACGUGUAGCGCAUUCUGGCAUGACAGCAGAUGAAAUAGUUGAGAACGUGAUGACAGCCGUUUCCACCAUCUCCUCGAAGUUAGCAUUGACAGGAAAAAACAUCAAAAUCAUCCAUUUGAAGAGUCAGACCUCGGUCGCGCUGCCCAUCUACACUUCUGAUCUGAGUCACCUCGCGUUGGUGGAGGAGGCCAGGAAUGAAGCCCGCGCCGCAAAGGGAGCUCAAAAGAGGAAGAGAGAAAUGAAGAAAACAGAAGUGUCAAAGCUGAGAAUUAAACAAACCGAGGAAGAGAAAGACAGCGAAGAAGAGGAAAUUCCACAGCUGGUGCCUAUCAAGAUGCCAACCAAAAAACCAAAACAGAUGACCAUAUCUAAAAAAGGACUGAAAAAAGUACAGAAGCCUGCUGCCGGCAAAGGAAUAAAGAAAACUGUAAAAGACACAAAACUGAGGAAGAAAACACCAAAGGUCACCGCACGUGAUCUAAAGAAAAAAGUAAAAAAAACUAAUAAAAUUAAAUUGUAAAUUGCUAUCUCAUCCUGUUAACAGUUUGUGGACAUAUAUGGACAGAAAUUUGUAUUACGUGUUAUAAGGUUCAUGUGAGCAUUUUUUAUUUCUGAUGCGUGUGAACAGUCAAUUAAAAGAUUUCUAAAUCUGA